CUUGCACAACGUUGCCCUGGGCACUGCCUUGCCGACGAGUGACGGCCAGCUGCCACGAUUGGGUCCGUGCUGGGGCGCGUCAAUUAGAGGCAGGACAAUGGCAGCCCGAAUUGUUCGCGAUGCCUUCCCACACAUGGACGAAGAUCUGUUCCAGUAUGUGGAAGGGGUGCUCGACUCGGGCGAGGAGUUUGAGUCCGGCGAUGACGUGUACGAGGCGAUCGGCGGCAUCGUAGAGCAGGUGGCCGGCGACGACAGCGAGCACGUGGUUCGCCUGCUUUGUGACCGGGUGAUGGCGCAGCUGCGAGUUAGUGCUCCGGACGGCCACCAGGUGGCCAACGGCGGCCGGAAGCGACUGGAGGCGCCCGUGCACCUGGGUUCGCUGGCCGGAGACGACACGGUCCAGGAGAUGCCCAGCAUCUGGCUGGCGCAGAAGGAGGUCGUCUCGCGCGUGGACACCAAGAAGCUGGAGAAGGCUGAGGAGAAGAUCAAGAAGAAGCUGGAGAAGCAGAGCGCGGCACCGGCGCCGGCGGCGGCCAGCCUGGCCGAGAAGACGGCCAGCGCCUCGCAGGUCAUCUCCAAACGCGACGUGCGCGCAGAAGCCCGCGGCGCCAACAUGUGCAAGGACAUUCGCAUCGAGAACUUCGACAUUACCAUCGGAGACAAGGUGCUGAUGACCGGGGCGGACAUAACGCUGGUGUACGGCCGGCGGUACGGCUAUGUGGGCAGGAACGGCCUCGGCAAGACCACCAUGCUGCGAAUGAUUUCCAGCGGCCAGCUGGUGAUCCCCUCGCACGUGAGCGUGCUGCACGUGGAGCAGGAGGUCACCGGCGACGAGACGGAGGCGCUGCAGUCGGUGCUGGAGUGCGACACGGCGCGGGAGGAGCUGCUGGCGCGGGAGCGCCACCUCACCGCGCGCAUCAACGACGGCCACCAGGACGCCAACCUCUCGGAGCAGCUGUCGGAGGUGUACGCGCGCCUGCAGGCCUCGGACGCGGACCGGGCGCCGGCGCGCGCAGCGGUUAUCCUGCGUGGUCUCGGCUUCAGCCCCGAGAUGCAGAAGCGGCCCACCCGCGAGUUCUCCGGCGGCUGGCGGAUGCGGCUGGCGCUCGCCCGCGCCCUCUUCUCACAGCCGGACCUUCUGCUGCUGGACGAACCGACGAACAUGUUGGACAUGAAGGCCAUCAUCUGGCUGGAGGACUACCUGCAGACGUGGCCGUCGACGCUGCUGGUGGUGUCGCACGACCGCCAGUUCCUCGAGGUGGUGCCCACCGACAUCCUCUUCCUGCACAACCAGAAGAUCGACUGCUACAAAGGUAACUAUGAGCACUUUGUGAAAGCCAAGACGGAGAAGAUGAAGAAUCAGCAACGGGAGUAUGAAGCUCAGAUGGCGUUUAGGGCACACGCCCAGGAGUUUAUCGACAAGUUCAGAUAUAACGCCAAGAGAGCGUCGCUGGUCCAGAGCAAGAUCAAGAUGCUGGAAAAGCUUCCGGUGCUGGUGCCGAUCGUGCCGGAGGGGGAGGUGGUGCUCAAGUUCCCGCCAACCGAGCCGCUAAACCCGCCCGUGCUGCAGCUGGACGAGGUCGACUUCCGCUACCCCACUUCCGACCGCUACAUCUUCCGCAAGGUCGACCUCAGCACCAGCAUGGAGUCACGCAUCUGCAUUGUGGGAGAGAACGGCGCCGGCAAGACGACGCUGCUGAAGAUCCUGAUGGACGACCUGUCGCCGGUGGCUGGCAUGCGGCACGCGCACCGCAACCUCAAGAUCGCGUUCUUCUCGCAGCACCACGUGGACCAGCUAGACAUGACCGUGCACUCGAUCCAGCUGCUGGCCAAACGGUUCCCAGGCCGGCCGGUGGAGGAGUAUCGUCAGCAGCUGGGCAGCUUCGGCGUGUCCGGGGACCUGGCCACGCAGCAGGUGGGCAGUCUCUCCGGGGGUCAGAAGUCGCGCGUGGCUUUUGCCGCGCUCUGCAUGGCGCGACCCAACUUCUUCAUACUGGACGAGCCGACCAACCACCUGGACAUCGAGACGAUCGAGGCGCUCGGACACGCCAUCAACCGCUUCAACGGUGGCGUGAUCCUCGUCUCUCACGACGAGCGCCUCAUCCGCAUGGUGUGCCGCGAGCUCUGGGUCUGCGCGGACGGCACCGUCAAGGCGCUGGAGGGCGGCUUCGACGAGUACAAGACGAUCGUGCGGCGCGAGAUCGAGGCGGCCAACGCCGGCUGAUGCCGGCCCCCAUCUAGGCCCGAUCUAAUGGAAUUGGAGGACGGCGCGGGUCCGACCGGCGCGCGCGCGGAGGCUUCAAGGCAGGGGCCGGAGAGCGGGCGGAUUGGGAGGACGGUGUGGGGUGAUGUGCCUCUGCAGUGGCGACGGGCGAUGCGGGCCACGCGACCAAUGCUCUGUUUAGCUUUGUUGAAAAUGUGCUUCUCACGCUAGCUGGAGGCUUUGUCAAAAGCCCUUGAUACGCUGAACAUGUAUCAAACCGAAUUUGCUAAUACAACACACGG